GCCUGGACAGUGUGUGGGGAGCUUCCAAGUGUGGCCAGAAGGACAGCGUGUGCGACUGGACAGCAAGGAGGAGGCUGGCAGCAGCUCCAGCUUGGGCAGGAGAAGAGGAACAUGGCGCGACUCUGGGCGCUCCUGGUGUUCGGCUUGUCCUGCCUGCAGAGCCUCUGCUCGGUAUUCUCUCCUUCGAUGGCAAUGGAGCCCUUAAAUCACCAGCUAAGGAGUGAGCAGACCCAGGAAAUAGUGUCCCCACUCACCUUCCUCAAGUUGGGCAACCAGGAUACAGAUGAUCGAAAUAUUCUAAAGAGGGCCCCAGAAGACUGCAAGAGGUUCCCAACUCCAGAACAGACUCGCAAACUGGCUCAGUCCAUGAUGGCUUUUACCAAAGACCUCUUCUCUUUAGUGGCCCAAACAUCCAACAACCCCAACCUGGUCCUGUCACCUCUGAGUGUGGCUCUGGCACUGUCUCACUUGGCACUAGGUGCUCAAAACCAGACACUGCAGAGGUUGCUGCAGGCGCUGCAUGUGGACGCAGAGCCCUGUCUCCCUUUCCUGCUGAGUCGCCUCUGCCAGAAUCUGGGUCCUGGAGCAUUUCAACUGGCUGCCAGAAUGUACCUUCAAAAAGGAUUUCCCAUCAAGGAGGACUUCCUGGAACAAUCUGAACAGCUCUUUGGCUCAAAAGCCAUGAGCUUGACGGGAAGGAUGGGGGAUGACCUGGAGAACAUCAAUCAAUGGGUGAAGGAAGCCACAGAAGGCAAGAUUGAAAACUUCCUCUUGGAACUGCCGCAGGACACAGUGCUGCUGCUGCUGAAUGCCAUCUACUUCCAGGGUUUCUGGAGGAGCAAGUUUGACCCGAGCCUCACCAAGAGGGACGUUUUCCAUCUGGAUGAGCAGUUCAUGGUUCCCGUGGAGAUGAUGGAGGCCCGCUCCUACCCACUGCGCUGGAGCCUACUGGAACAGCCUGAGAUACAGGUGGCUCAUUUCCCCUUUAAGAACAACAUGAGCUUCGUGGUCCUCAUGCCCACCCACUUUGAGUGGAACGUGUCUCAGGUGCUGGCCAACUUAAGCUGGGACACCCUGCAUUCAUCCCUGCUUCGGGAGAAGCCCACCAAAGUCAAGCUGCCCAAGCUGCAUCUCAAACACCAGCUGGACCUGGUGGCCACCCUUAGCCAGCUGGGCCUGCAAGAGCUGUUUCUGGCCCCAGACCUUCGGGGGAUCUCCGAUCAGAGCCUGGUGGUGUCCAGCGUGCAGCAUCAGUCCACGCUGGAGCUCAGUGAGGUGGGCGUGGAGGCGGCAGCUGCCACCAGCACAGCCAUGUCCCGCAUGUCGCUCUCAUUCAGUGUGAACCGUCCCUUUCUCUUCUUCAUCUUUGAGGACACCACAGGCCUGCCCCUUUUUGUGGGCAGGGUGAGGAAUCCUCACCCAAGCAUGCCGAAGGAGAGGAAGGAGCAGCAGGAUUCCCCGGAUGACCGGAACUCUGACAUCUACCACCUCCUGAAAGUAUUUUCUCAGGGAGACAAGUCUUUAGGCCCUGACUUGAAACUUGUGCCCCGAAUAGAGGAGGAUUACUCCCAGCCUAGCAGCCCUAAGUGAGGGCCGAGGCCCACCAGCUUCCUGAGUCCCGGCCUGGACAGCCUCUUAACUCCUCUGACUCUUUCCAAACAGCUUUGG